UCGAAGCAAAUGGUGGGUAUUUGUCGUUUCUAAUGGCUGAGUAAUAUUCCAUUGUAUACAUAGACCACAUCUUCAAUUUAUUUUCUAAAAAACAUUGGCAGAAACCUAAUAUUUGCUCUAUAAAAGUCCAUUUCUCAAAGCUCAUCCCAUUUAAUAGUUGUAAUUUAUUCUACUUGUCUCCCUCCACUGCCCUCCCUCUCUCUUACAUACACAGACCUUUUCUUCAUAUAUAAUGUAAUAAUUUCCUUCUCCAUUUGAGCCCAGGCUUAUUACAAAUAAUCUACAUUGAGAAAUAGACACAGUUACUUAGGUUUAAUCACAUGAAAUUGCUGACCUACAAAAAAAGCAUUCUGUAAUGUGUAUUAAUAAAUGUAUAAAAGAAAUGAAGUGGGGCCACUGGCAAAGAAAAGGGAUAAUAAAAAGUCAAUUCUAUAGGUGUCAACAUCCAGGGGGCAGAGGGGACUCUCAGGCAAGAUGCCUGAAUGCGACAGUUGCAGUCACCUACCAUGGUCAGUCCCAGCCCAUUCUAUCGCUGAUGUGUCCUCAGGGCCCCAAAGCCAGUGGAUCCCAGACUGAGGAGACCAUGUAUAAUCUGAGCUGUUACAAUCCUGGUUCCUUUAUCCUUGUGGGGAUACCUGGCCUGGAGAAGUUUCACAUCUGGAUCGGGAUACCCUUUUGUGUCAUCUAUGUUCUGGCUCUUGUGGGUAACUGCACCCUCCUCUACCUCAUUGCAGUGGAGCACAGCCUCCAUGAGCCCAUGUUUUUCUUCCUAGCUAUGCUGGCUACCACGGACCUCAUCCUGUCCACUGCCACAGUGCCCAAACUGCUCACUAACCUCUGGCUGCACUCCCAGGAAAUAACCUUCUCUGGCUGUCUCACCCAGAUGUUUUUCCUCCACUUCAGCUUUGUAGUCGACUCAGCCAUCCUGUUGGCCAUGGCAUUUGAUCGCUACGUUGCCAUCUGCUUCCCCUUGAGGUACACCACCAUCCUGACUCCGCAGGUGAUCAUCAAGCUUGCAGCGAGCAUUGUUGUAAGGAGCUUCUCUGUCAUCUUGCCAGAUGUUUUUCUGCUGAAACGGUUACCCUUCUGUGGGACACGCAUCAUACCACACACAUACUGUGAGCACAUAGGUGUUGCUCGGCUUGCCUCUGCUGACAUCUCCAUCAACAUCUGGUAUGGCUUUUCUGUGCCUCUUAUGACUGUCAUCUCAGAUGUGAUCAUUAUUGCUGUUUCCUAUACCUUCAUCCUCCGUGCUGUCUUUCAGCUCUCAUCUCAGGGUGCCCGCCAGAAGGCCCUCAGCACUUGUGGUUCUCAUGUCUGUGUCAUUCUCAUGUUUUACACACCUGCCUUCUUCUCCAUCCUUGCCCAUCGCUUUGGGCAUAGUGUCCCUCGAAAUUUGCUUAUCCUGUUUGCCAACCUCUAUGUGGCCAUCCCCCCCGCUCUCAAUCCUAUUGUCUAUGGAGUGAAGACUAAGCAGAUCCAGGACAAAUUUAUUCUCCUCUUCUCUUUGAAGAAGACACAAUGAGUGGGGGAGAGUCACUGAAGGAGAAGUUUAAGUAAAAAUAGACUAGGUGAAAUUUUAUAGAACACAGACAUAAAAAUAAAACUGUAACUCCCAUUAACUUGAAAUUUUAGGGUUCUAGCUGUAUGCAAAGUAUGGGAAGGGAGGAAACAGGAGAAAGAAAAUACUCUAGACUUUCAGAGAAUCAAGGGUUUUCUUGAUCAAUUUUCUCAUCAUUUAUAUGAAGGAGGUGAUAAUGGGUACACAAGAGCACUAAUGCUCAGGUUUACAUUUUUCCUGUUGCUAAUUUUGAGAUAUUUGAAGGCUAGGUAUUUCCUAACAUACAACUCACCCCCGUGUUUCUCAUUUGCUAAGUUAAAGGCAAAGGCUCUUGUGUUCCUUUUUUCAGUAGCUAUCAAUGUUUUCAACUAUAACUACCAAACUUGCUGCUUUGCACUUCAGUCCUGAGUCUAUACACUUUAAAUCCCACCUCCUAUGACCUGUACUUGCUUUACUUUUUUUCUUUAACCAUCUCAAAUUACAUAGAACUGAUUAUCUUUUGUAUCUGUCCUCUUAAUUUGCAUGUUCCAAGAAAAUGUUUACUACCUUUGGUCCAUAUUUUACAAUUAUUAAUUAAUUGAAUUAAACCUAAUUAUGACAGGGUAAUAUUGGUUAAUUCAUUUCACAGAUGAGGAAAUGGAGACUUAUGAAAUGAUAGAAAGACAAUUAGUAGAUUUAGGAUCCAAACCCAGGUCUGUCUGAUUCAGAAUUCUUUAUCCAAUUGCUUCCUGGAUGUCUACUCACUUGAAUGGCUUUCAAAUGCCUCCAACUUAAUUUCUCCAAAACUGACCUGGGAAUUCACUAACUUCUUCCAUAAAAAGUGCCCUUCCUUUUCAGUCUUCUUUUACAGUGAAUGGCACUACCACCAACAUGAAUUCCCAAGCCAGAAACCUAUGGUUUGUCCUUGAUUUAUCCUACAUCACACUCCAACAAAAUUAAGUCAAUAUUUGGGUUAAAUAUUUUAUUUAAAGUUGCUUAUAAGUGAUACUAGUAGAUAUAUACAUGAAAUUCUCACCUCUUUCAUGACCAUGACCAGCUUGCCUGGGCCCUUCUCUAACAUCCAUCCCUCUGAGAGUAUUUCAAAGUCAUCUUUUUAAAGGAGUUCCAUCCCUGCUCCAUUCAAUCCAUUCUCUCUAUAAAAGCUAGAGUGAUCAUUUUAGAAUUCAUAUGAUGGUGUCACAUUGCACCUUGCAUCUCUUGAAUAAUUCUAUUGUCUUUAGGAUCAAUUCAAGGAAUGGGAGAAUUUAUUUUUUUUUUAUUUUUAUUUUUUUUUGGAAUGGGAGAAUUUAAUGAAAAGAGCAAUCUUCCCUGAACUCAGAGCUUUACAUUUAAUUUACCUUUAUUUAUACUUCAUUUAUAUUUAUUUCACUUAAUUUGCAUAUCUCUGACUCUGAGCAAGUAAUUUCAGAAGCGAUAUUCUUUUUGUGUGUGUCAUACUCAAUGUCUUGUUACUUAACAACAAGUUGGUGUGAGUGUAGAGUGUGUAUUGACUGGAGUUGGGUAGGAGCCAUCUAUGUUUCUCUUAAGAAACCAUCCCAGGAUAAAAAUGCCUAUUUCCUAACAAUUUCCACUGAAAAGGAAGCAAUAAAUUUAAUCAAGAUGAGCAUAUUAAAUUACUUGGGAAUAAGAAGUAAAGAGUAAAAUUGGUAUAAUGGAUAAGAUCUCUGUGUACGUUGGUCUGUGUGUGUGUUGACAUUUUCUUUGCUGUCUGUACUGUCCUUAGGCAGUUCAAAAAAUACACAAGCAGGGCUGCUUUAUCUAUGCCAUAAUUACAAAUCAUAAUACUUAUUUGCAUGUUUAUCUAUCGAUGCCUACAUCAUGAGUUCCUUGAAGGAAGAAACUUAGUCCUAGGCAUCUUCUUAUACCCUUUUAUAUGAAAAUAUCUAACAUGUGUUCUCAGUAAAGGUUUCAUACAUCUUCAAACUUUAUCAGAAACCUCUUCCUUAAGGCCAUUAUACCUUACUUUUCCUUUCUUCCUUCUCUAUCCAAUUUAGAUUCCAUACUAUAUUAUUGCAGUCUUUGUCUUGUUUAUCCUAAACUCGACUGUCUCUCUUACAUACUCAGGAAUCCUAAUGAAUCCUGAUGAAGUUAGCCCUGUAUUUUGGGGAACUUGGAGAAAAAGACUGCACAAGACAUACUGAUACUACAGUUCAUGAAUUCAGACAAUACACAACCAGACUUGCCUACUUUCAGCUUCUCAAAUGCAUCAGAUUUCUCCUUUUCUCUUCCACAUGUGCUUUCUCUUUAUUCUUUGCCUAGCAAUUUAUGUUUAAGCUUCAACUAAAAAUACCCUUAGAUAUUCCUUUUUUAGUCCUGUAUUUGACUACUACCUUUCACAUACAUUCUCAUUGUACAAUGUACUUUUCAUUUUAAGACUUACCGCAACUUUAAUAAGGUGAUUGCUCAUAUACUCAGUUGUUUAAUGUCUAUUCCUCCAUUAUAUGUCAUCAAGAACCAGGUUCAUGCCUGCCUUGUUUAUCAUUGCUUCCUAUCAUUUAGAAGCUCCUGCUUUGUAAUAGGAAUGCAAUAGGGCAGCCCAGGUGGCUCAGCAGUUUAGUGCCACCUUGA